ACAUAUUUUACAACUAACUAAUUAACUAAUUAAUUAUCAAAAAUUUAAUUGAAUAUUUUUCAAAAAAAAAAAUGAUUUAAAAAACGCAAUCCUUCUACGAUUUAGAAUAAUUUUUGAGCUCAUCUCUAUCUUCUCAUUAUGAUCUUCACAUUGACCUCAGCUACUGCUAAAUAGGAGAUCAUGGUGUUUAAUCAAUAAGUUCUGCUUUAAAAAAAUGUAUUAACCUCUCAACUUUUAGAAUAGACCUUGGAUCUAAUUAAAUAAGCAACGAGGGUGUAACAGCUUUAAUUUCCGCUUUGGCUGAUUUAUCUAAUCUCUCAGUUUUAUAACUUGAACUUUACUAAAAUAAUAUUAGUGAAAUAUGUGCAUAAAGUCUAAGCUGUGCUUUGAAAAACUUAACUAAAAUUUCGAUAUUAAUUAUCAAUCUUGGAUAUAAUUAAAUUGGUUCCUAGGGUACAUUAAAUUUAGGCUCUGCAUUUGUGAAUUGCAAUAGUCUCUAAAAUUUAACUCUCUAACUCAAUGAUAAUUAAAUUGGUUCAUAAGGUCUAUAAGGUUUAAUCUCUAAUUUAACUAGUUGCAGUAAUCUUACAGAUUUAACACUAAUUCUUUAUCAAAAUUAAAUCGAUGAUUAAAGUGUUUCUGCUUUAGUUUCUAUCGGUGAAAAUUGCUCUAAACUAUCAAGUUUAACACUAGAUCUUGGUUGUAACUAAAUUUGUGCUUAAGGAGUAUCACACAUGGGUUCUACUUUGGCUAAAUUUACUCAUAUCAAAACUCUGAAUCUAUAUCUAUACUAGAACAAAUUAGGGUCAUAAGGCACAUCGUGUUUGGGUUCUUUGUUGAAAAGCUGCAAUAAUAUAUCAAAAUUAAAUCUUUCUCUAGAUGAAAAUUAAAUCGGGGUAUAAGGAAUAUCAGAUUUAGCUACUUCUUUGGCAAUCUGUAAUAAUCUCUAAAAUUUAGCAAUCCAUCUGAACAAAAAUGAAAUUGAUGAUGAGGGUAUUAGAGCUUUGAUUUCAGAUUUAUCAGAAUGCACAAAUCUCUGUAUUUUAGAACUUUCGCUUCGUAAUAACUAAAUUGGUGAAUAAGGCGUUUCAGGUUUAGAUUCUAUUUUCUUAAAGUAUAAAAAACUGUCAACAUUUAAUAUUGACCUAGGUGGAAAUUAAAUUGGUGCUACUGGUAUUUAAAGCUUAAGUACAUCUAUUAGAAACUGUUCAAAUCUAUCAAAUUUAACUUUAGCGCUUUACAACUGUUAAAUUGGUACAUAAGGUGUAAAAGAUUUACCUCUGGCAUGCUAUUCUAAUCUACAAAGUUUAAGUAUCAUCUUAGGUUUGAAUUAAAUUGACGAUGUGGGUGUUUCUAAUUUAGGUUCUGCUUUGGAAAAUUGCACCAUUCUCUUCGAUUUGAAAUUGUAUUUAGGCUAAAAUUAAAUUGGUGACCAAGGUGCUUAAAAUUUAGUCUUAAGUUUGGCAAACUGCUCCAGUAUCUUAACUUUAUUGCUUGAAAUUGAAUAAAAUUAAUUAAGUGAAGUUGGUAAAACAAAAUUAACCUAUCAGAUCCUCAAAUUUAAGAGAUUAGCUUUCAAAUAAAUUAGCUUGUGAUACAUAUAAAAAUUAUCAUAUUUUAUUCAAUAUAAAAUACAAAAUAAAAUUGAAACUUGUUACUUAAAUGCUUAUUCUGUAUUUUUUUAUGAUAG